AUACACACCCGCAAGUAAAUAAGAAGAAAUUAGCGCAACACAAAAAAGUGAAAUUUUCUUCCAUAAAAGUCGAGGAAAAUAUCAGUACCAGUUCUUUGCAUAAGUGAUUGUUUUUUUUUGGUGCAAGUGGAAAAUUAAUAUCAACUCCCAGGCUGGACGCAGAGGUAGCAGCAGCAGCGGCAGCAGUAGCACCCACAGCAAUAACGGAUUUUUGCUCUCCACGCGGUUGCCCAAGAUACAGAAUCACGACGACGCGACGUGCGAAAAUGGCCAAAAUGGAGGUCGACGAUGUGGUCGACUUGAGUCUGAGCUCCGGCCGGGAUCCGGCGUUAACCAUAACGCCGGCGCCGCCACCGGCAGCGCUCAGCAAUCGGGAUCUGCGUGCCCUGACGGCCAAUAAUACGGGUCUGACCAUAACGCCGUCUCCAGCGCCAGCGCCCACAGCAGGCGCUGCCACCAUUCCCGCCAAUAGCCACACCAGCACCAGCACCAACAGCAACAGCAACAACAAUAAUAAUAAUAAUAACAACAACAACAACAGUACCACUGGGAAUGGCACCGCCGGCAGCAGUCCCACCAACAGCAGCUCCGCGAACAGCGGCAGCAACACCACCGCCACUCCCAGCAUCAACAACACAACAAACAACAGCUCCAGCGGGAAUGCAGACGGAGGAGUACUCUCCGCCGGUGGCGGAGGUGUUGUCGGUGUGGAUGAGAACAAGGUCCAGAGGCGGGUGCUACGGCCCCGCACAGAGCCCAAGUCAUACGCCGAGGCCCCCGACAUUGUGCUGCUGCCCGCCCGCACCAAUGGACGCCAGCAGAACGGAAACAUUGAUUCGGAGACGGACGACGAGGAGAUGCCGCCGUACGUGCCCAUCAAGGAGCUGUCCCACGCCGAGCUGAAGGAGCGCGAGAAGAGCCUCCGACGGCUGCGCCAGGACCUACGCAACGAGGAGUCCAAGCUGUUGCUGCUCAAGAAGCUGAAACAGUCGCAGCAAGUGAUGAAGGAGAACCUGGUGGUCACGCCGACCAGCGUCUCGCCCAACAAUCCGCUGUCCGCCAUACCAGCCGCCCUCACCUCCAAGGGGUCGCUGAGUGUGACGCCCACGUCGGCCGUACCGCAGCCGGCGCACAGCAAGGGACGCAGCAGUCUGGGCGGCAGUGCAGCUGCCGUUAGUAUCAGCGCCACCAACAGCCGGACGGGCAGCUCCAGCUCUGCAGCAGUGGUUGCCUCGGCCAUUGCGGCGGCGGCCCUGAGCGGAUCGCAGCGCGGCAGCCUCAGCAGCAACUCGAUCCUCCCGCCACCCAGAGCCUCGCUACCGCCGGGCGCCACAUUGGCCGCCGGCACAACCAUAACGCCUGCCACCUCCUCUUCGCACCGAUCGAGUGCCCUGCCGCCGCGCACCAAUCUGCCGAAUCUCACCAUAACGCCCUCGGUGACCAUCACGCCAACGUCGGCGCCGCCUUCCAGUCUGAAAGCACGCAAUCCUAAUAUUUCGGAUAAUUCGAAGGUACCUGGGACCAUUAGCAAUUCUGUUUCCAUCACUCCGGCGCCGCCGCUAUCGCAAACGCAUCAGAAUCAACUGAACGAUCUAAAGAAUGAUCGCUCCACGCCGCGCGAGGAUGCACAGACGCCUGCCCAGCGUCAGGCGGCAGCUAAAAUGGCACUGCGAAAGCAGCUGGAAAAGACUUUGCUACAGAUUCCCCCACCAAAGCCACCGCCACCAGAGAUGCACUUUAUACCCAAUCCCAGCAACACGGACUUUGUCUAUCUGCUUGGACUGGAGACGGUCGUUGACUUCUUGACUGUCAACAAGAAGGCCAAUGCUGUGGCAGCACCCUUCCGCUGUGCCCAGUGCAAGAUUGACUUUACACCCGUCUGGAAGUGGGAGAAACAGACCAACAAGGAUCCCAAGGUGAUUUGCGAACAGUGCGUCACCUCGAACGUGAAGAAGGCUUUGAAGGCGGAGCACACCAAUCGACUGAAACAGGCGUUUGUCAAGGCACUGCAGCAGGAGCAGGAGAUCGAGCAGCGUCUGGCCAGCCAGAGCAGUCCAUCGCCCGUGGACACGCAUGCCUUGAACAAUGUCAGCGCCUCGCUAUCCGUGUCCGCCGCCACCAAUUCCUCGUCGCAUUCGCAUCAACACCAGCAGGCCCUGCAGCGCGAGCGCGAGCGUGAGCAGCUUCAGGCGUCACAUGCUUCGGCAGCGGCGGCACUGGUCAAUCUGCCGCCCUCUGUCACGGUUAUACCGACCAAGUGUCAGACGCCAACGCCAGCGCCUAGACCCACACCGCCGCCACCACAGAACCAGCCCACACCACCUCCCAGCACACCGCGUUUGUCACGUGCCGCCGCCACAGCAGCAGCGGCGGCCAUAGCUGCCCAACAGGCAGGGAUCCUCAGUCCAGGACCCACGGCAGCGCACCACCACGAGCCGGCGUCCUCGUCGCGUUCCUCCCGCAACGAUCGCCACGACCAUCACCACCACCAGCAACAGCAACAACAACAACAGCAGCAACAGCAGCAGCAGCAACAACAACAACAGCAGCAGCAGCAGCGCGACCAGCAACGCGAGCAGCAGCAACAGCAGGCCCAGAGCUAUGAUAAAUACUCGGCAGCCACGCUGGCGGCGGCAGCUCAUCUCAGUGCCAUGGGUGGCCUGAACAUCAACAGCCUGGCCAGUCUGGGCAACCUCAGCAAUCUGGGCAAUCUCAGCCAGCUGGGCAAUCUGGCGGCUCUUGGCGGACUGGGCAACUUCGGUGCGUCCUCGUCAGCCUCCAGCAAUCAAGCUGCGGCAAUGAACAACACCUCGCCUGCGGCCACAGCGGCAGCCAUGCAGGCUUUCCAACAGCAGCUCUUCAGAGCAUUGGGUCAGGGUCUGGGGGGCAAUCCACAGCAUAUGAUGCAGUUUGCACCGCUUUUGUACUCCUAUCAGGUGGCCAUGGCGCAGGCGGCCCAAGUGGCAGCUUUCAACAACAACAACAAAAAGAGCAGCUCGUCAUCGGGGUCAUCCAAGAACUCAAGCAAUGCCAAUAGCAUGGCGGACGUACAGCGGGCGGCGGAGCUGCAGCGCCAGUAUCUAUUGGAGAUGAUUCCGCCGCAGCAGCAGAGCGGAGCCAGCGGCAGUCGCCAGAACAAUUGGAAGGCCUAAGGCCAGAAAAACCCCAGCAAUGCCAACAACAACAGGAACAACAACAGCAGCAGCAACAACAACAACAGCAACAACAGCAACAACAGCAACAACAACAGCAACAACAACUAUUCUUAUGGUUUUCUUGAUUAGGCAAUUUUAUAAUUUAAA